GCUGAAUAUCGAUGGAAGAAUUUCAGAUCGUCACAGUGCUUCUGCUUCCCCUGUUCGUUCUAGAAGUCCGAACUUGGCUCCUAAGAAGAGAAGAAACGAAAAUGCUCCAAAGCCUCGCAAAAAAAGCGAAGGUUUCCGUCAAUGUACAAGCGAAGAACUCUGGUAAAUCUGUUAAGGAACAAAAAAUAACAAAUAUCCUUCGACAUUUAAGGAGUGGCAGUAUUUUGUUCCAUCUGAAUCGUGGUUUAACAGUAGAGUUUGUACUUUUAGUAAGGAUUGCAUUUCUGUAAAUCUUAAGGCCAAGAUGACUGAUGUGCAAUUGGGAUUAUUUAGGGAAACCUGCUUUGGUAAAUUGUUGGAUUUUCAAGACCUUAAAUUGCAGCCUCAACCUGUGCAUUGUUUGCUUUUGCGAGAAAUUAGUCACAGUAUUCCCAAGGAGAUCUGGUUUGAUGUUUCUGGCUUUCGUUUGCAUUUUUCAAUUGCUGAAUUUGCCGUUGUGACUGGUUUGAAGUGUAGUGGUGAAUUUGAUACUUCUACUAUUCCUUCAUCAGAUAGUAAUUCACUUAUCAAAAAGAAUUUCAACAGUUGUUCUAAAGUUACUCGUGAAGAUAUUGAAACUUGUUUUCUUGGUCAAAAGGCUGAUUGUGAUGAAGAUGCAGUUAAAAUUGCUAUUCUGUAUGUCCUUGGUUUGUUCUUCUUUACUUCAUCUAAGGAUAAGGUCAUAAGUGAAACUUAGUUGGCUAUUGUUGAUUCUGGUUUAUGGGAUUCCUAUCCUUGGGGGAAAGAUCUUUUUGAUGUGACAUUACAGAACUUGAAGGGCGGACUUGUUGGAGCAGAUGAUUCGGAAAGUGAUUAUUUCUUUUAUCAUAUUUUAGGAUUUCCUCUUGCUCUUCAGGUCUGGUUUUAUGAGUGUUGUGGUUACUGCGAUGGUGUGUUUGCUUGUAGAUCUGUUUCUACUAUUCCUCGAAUGUUGUCUUGGCAUUCUUCCAUUGCACACACUUUCAAGAAGUUGAAUAUGGAACUUCUUUCUUUAUCUGCCUCUCAGUUGAAGCUGCACAAUGUUGAACUUACUGCCCUUGAAAGUGAAUCACCUGAGUUGCAUGCUUUGUUUUCAUCUCAUCCAUUGAGGCCCCGAAAUAUGUCAUCUGUUUCAAAUGCUGGGGAGGGAACUAGUUCUUUUGAUGGUGUAUUUUCGAACUCUGUUCUACAGGCUUUUGAAAACCGGCUUGACACCAAACUUCUUGCUUUCAA